AUAUGUUUACAGUCGGACCUUCUUCUCAUAAUAGCAGUUCUACUUGAAAUCAAACAAACAUUAACGUUGAUGAGUGCACCAGCCAUCAUCGCUGAAGCAACUAAUUUCCAAGUGGAUCGAAUUAAGGAGACACUUACUACUCAGAUACUUAGGAGCUCAGACGAGUGUCUUCGGUUCGAGCUGCAGACGGCGCUGCAGUACGUGCGCCUGCGUCCGUUCCGAUACACGCUCUGCCGCGCGGUGCCGCUCGACAUCAACCUGCCAUUUACUAUAAUCAGCAUCUGCAUCACUUAUGUUAUAUUUCUGAUGCAGAUCACACAUUUUUCGGAGUAAUUUUUCUGAAGU